AAACUUUCCCCACUCUUCUACCUGGCCUCAGGUGUCAACGAUCGUCUUUCCGAUUUCCAGAUUGUUUAACAGCUCAGCUAUCUUUGGACGGUUCAUAGACAUCUUUAUUUCCACCUGACGCGUAAUGGCAACAUCCAGAAACUCUUUCCUGGACCCAAAGAUCAUAGAGUUCCUGAACAGUUUCCACAAGCUAGUGUUAGAAGAAGCUCUACAAAAUGGCUCGGACAGAAAUUUGAAGGUGGUCGACUUUCUGCAACCCGAAGAACUCAAGCCACUCCUACAUCUACCGGUAAAUCCGGAACCGGAAACAGCGGAAAGCAUUCUUGAGCUGUGCAGGCGUGUCAUUAAAUACAGCGUAAAAACAGGUCAUCCCCGCUUUUUCAACCAGCUGUACAGUGGCAUUGACCCCUUCUGUUUGGCUGGUUCGUGGCUGACAGAUGCCUUGAACACAAAUAUUCAUACAUACGAGGUGGCUGGAGUGUUUAUUCUGGUGGAACAAUAUCUCAUAGACAAACUGUGCGACAUUGUUGGGUACGAAGAUGGCGACGGUUUAUUUUGCCCAGGUGGGUCCUUUAGUAACAUGAUGGCUAUUCAUCUAGCCCGCUUUCAGCGGGAUUCCACUGUUCGUGAGAAGGGUUUGUACCAGUCUCCAAGACUGCGGCUGUACUGUUCUAAAGAGGCUCAUUACUCGAUGGAGAAGGCAGCACUCUUCCUCGGCAUAGGGACAGACAAUGUCAUCGGAAUAUCAACAGACAGUCGAGGAUGCAUGCUUCCUGACAUCUUAGACAUGAAAAUUUUGGAAGACAAAGAAACUAAGGGAUUUGAACCAACUAUUGUUGUGGCAACUUGUGGAACCACUGUUUUGGGUGCCUUUGAUCCUCUGCCAGAGAUUGCUGAAGUCUGUAAAAGACAUGGCGUUUGGCUUCAUGUCGACGCUUGUCUGGGCGGUGGUGUACUUCUGUCGAAAAAAUUUAAGCAUCGAAUGGCUGGCAUCGAAAGAUCAGACUCCAUCGCCUGGAACUUUCACAAGAUGAGUCAUGCCAACAUUCAGUGUUCAGUGCUGCUGUUAAAAGACAAGGGGCUGCUUAAUAAAGGGAACGGUUUGAAUGCAGAAUACCUGUUCCAGCCUGACAAAUGUUAUGAUGUGUCAUACGACAUCGGCGACAGAACUGUGCAGUGCGGCAGACGGGUGGACGACCUGAAGCUGUGGAUCAUGUGGAAAGCUCUGGGUGACAGCGGCAUGGCGGACAAUAUUGAAAAUGCUUUCAAAAAUGCUGAGUAUUUUCAGAAAUUACUGAGUGAAACUGAAGGGUUUCGUCUGGUCCUACCUGAGUUUCAGAGUACAAACAUUUGUUUCUGGUACAUACCACCGUCUUUACGAGGUCAGAUGGAGACAAAAGAAUGGUGGGAGAAAGUUGGCAAGGUUGCACCUGAGAUAAAGAGAAAGAUGACUGUUCAAGGGACGAUGCUGAUUGGCUACCAGCCUCUUUCUUCCAAGAAUCUGGUUAACUUUUUUCGCAUUGUUAUUCUCAACCCACUUUGCGAUUUCUGCGACAUGGACUUUGUGGUGUCAGAAAUAGAUAGACUAGGAAAGGAUUUUAUUCCUUAAAUAUUAUCAUAUAGUAGUAACAAAACUGAAAUUCACUUUAUGCUAAAACUCUCAAAAAGGACUCAUCUCUUCCAGAGAAUACUACAAAAUCUGUUUCUCUUUUCUAAUAUCGUUGAAUUGCACUUUUUAAACAAAUUCUUCUAAUUGUUCACUUAGUCUUGCCGUAUAAUUGCAUCUUAGAGAUAAUAAUAAUGAGUAUUCAUCCAUUAUUAAUUUAUUUAUUCCUAAUACUGUUUAUCUUGAUUCUGUUAAUAUUAAAAUGGUAGAGAUAUCAUUUAUGGCGUAAAGAUAGUGUCAUGGAAAUAAUUGCGAAGUUACAAGUGUUUGUCCAUUCUUUGCUGUAUUUUAUAAUUAUUUUUUUUUUCAUCUUUCCUUCGUGGCAGGGGAUGAUCGGAGUAAAUAGAUUGUUCGAUGACCUAAUUAGCCAACUGAUGUGUCCUAUUUUUAAACAUGUAUGUGACUUUGACUUACUCUAGAGCAGGGGUCUCAAACUCAUAUUAGCAUGUGGGCCGCAGUGGAAAGUAACAGCCAGUCAGCGGGCCGCACCACGAAAAGAAAAUGUUUUUUCAUUAAAUUUUACGAACA